CUUCCCAGCCAGACUGCAGAAACCUUUGCUGAGCUUUCUGCUCCAGACACCGAUAUUCUACAGCAUGAAGUCUACAAUGUGUUUCCUUCUCAUCUCCAUCUUCCUUCUCCAGUUGAUGAUCCCAGUGAACACGCAGCAUUCCUUAGACACUUUGGUGAAUGAAAUGAUCAAGGAAGCACUCAAUCGUGCAGGGGCUAAGAAGCUCUCCUGCACUAGUGUUACAGCAAAAGACAGACUGGCCACCUGUCCUGCUGGUAUGGCUGUGACUGGUUGUGCUUGUGGCUAUGGCUGUGGAUCUUGGGAUAUCAGGAAUGGAAAUACUUGCCACUGCCAGUGCUCUGUCAUAGACUGGACCACCGCCCACUGCUGUCAAAUGGCCUAAGAAUGAGGAGUCUGAGAAUCCAAUUUUUAAAUGAUCAUCAUAAUGAAACCAUGGUGUCAACCAGGAAACCUGACUCAUUGUCUUCA